CUCUCUCCCGGAAGUGGCGGCGCGGCCAUGGGCGCCUCGAAGAAGCACCGGGAGCGCGGCGGGGCCGAGGCGGCCGAGGAGACUCCGGGAGCGGCCGGGACGGGCGGAGGCGGCAGCGCGGGGCGGCCCCGCGAGCACCGCAAACACCGGCACCGCGGCGGGGAGCGGCGGGGGAAGCGCAGUCGCUCCCGGGGGGAGCGCGGGGGCUCCGGGGGAGGCUCCGGUUCCUCCCGGCGCGGAGGCCCUGAGGAGCCCGGGAGGAGCGGCCAUGGCCGGGGAGGCUCCGAGAACGAGCGGAGAGCCAAGAGGGAGAGGAAGGAGGAGCGGGAGGAGCCCGCCGCUCCUAAAUCCACAGCAGCCGAAUCCUCCUUGAGCGUGGAAGAAACCAAUAAACUCCGCGCCAAACUGGGGCUCAAACCACUGGAAACCAGCACGGUGAAGAAAGAGGCUGGCACCAAGGAGGACCCGGUGGCAGCCGAGGUGAUCAAUCCCCUGGCGCUGCGGCAGCGCGAGGAAAUCCGCGAGAAACUGGCGGCGGCCAAGGAGAAACGGCUGCUGAACCAAAAACUGGGGAAAGUGAAGACUCUGGGGGAGGAGGAGCCCUGGCUGGACGACGCGGCCGCGUGGAUCGAGCGCAGCCGGGCGCUCCAGAGGGAGAAAGAACUGGCAGAAAAAAGGGCCAAGCUGCUGGAGGAGAUGGAUCAGGAGUUCGGUGUCAGCCCCUUGGUGGAGGAGGAGUUCCAGCGGCGGCGGCGGGAGCGUUACAGUGCCCGGGACCUGCAGGGGCUGACGGUGGAGCACGACCCGGCCUCGAUCCCCGAGGGACAAACGCUGGUGCUGACCCUGAAGGACAGGGGUGUUCUGGAGUCGGGUGAGGACGUUCUGGAGCAGGUUGCGCUGGCGGCGGCUGCGCGGGCGCGGGAGGAUCAGGAGCUGCGGCGGCGCCGCCCCGGCUACGACCCCUACAGCGAGCAGGAGCCGGGCUCCGCCCCUCAGGCGCCCGCGCUGCUGCCGCAGUACGACGAGCCGGCGCCGCGCCCCUCGUUCCGCCUGGGCCCGGGGGGGACGCAGGACGCGGGGGGGGACCCCCGGCCCGGGCCCCUCCCCCCCCCCGGCCCCGCCCCCCAGAGCCUGGAGCUGCCCCUCCCCCGCCUGGCCCCGGAGUACCUGAGCCCCGAGGAGAUGGCGGUGACGUUCCGGAAAACGCGGCGCCGCGUUCGGAAACUGCGGAAAAAGGAGAAACCCCUCAAGGCCGACGAUCUCCUGGCGCUGGCCCCGGGCGACACCCAGGGGGAUUUCGGCUCCAGGUCGCGGGGCCGAGGCCGGCGGGUGCAGGAGGAUGAGGAGGGGGCCGGGGGGGACCCCGAAAACGCCUCCAGCCCCCCCGAGGGGACCCCCCAGGCCCCGCUGCCCUCGGACGACACCCGCACGGAAAACAUGGAAAUCAGCAGUGACGAGGAGGCAGCGGCCCCCGGGACCCCCCCGGCCCUGGAGGAAGAUGAGGCAGAGCAGGAGCUGCAGCAGCAGCUGGAGCGGGGCCGGCGCCUGCAGCAGCUGCGGGAGCUGCGCGAGGGAGGGGGAGAGAAGGUGCUGGAGCUGCUCCGGGGGGGCUCUGGGGGGGUCCCGGGGGGGCCGGACCCCCGGGCUGGGGGCAGCAGCAUCGUCUUCAACGCCACCUCGGAAUUCUGCCGGACCCUGGGAGAGAUCCCGACCUACGGCCUGGCCGGGAACCGCGAGGAGCAGGAGGAGCUCAUGGCCCUGGAGCGCGCCGGCCGCCCGGCGUCACCCCCGGAGCCCCCGGAUUCAGAGGGGGAGGAGAACGUGGGGUGGAGCAGCGUCAACCUGGCCGAGGAGCGGCAGCACCAGGAUUUCUCGGCCUCGUCCACCACGAUCCUGGACGAGGAGCCCAUCGUGAACCGGGGGCUGGCGGCGGCGCUGCUGCUGUGCCAGAACAAAGGGCUGUUGGAGACCACGGUGCAGAAAGUGGCGCGAGUGAAAGCCCCAAACAAAUCCCUGCCCUCGGCCGUGUACUGCAUCGAGGACAAGAUGGCCAUCGAUGACAAGUACAGUCGCCGUGAGGAGUUCCGGGGUUUCACGCAGGAUUUCAAGGAGAAGGAGGGGUACAGGCCCGACGUCAAGAUCGAGUACGUGGACGAGACCGGCCGCAAGCUCACCCCCAAGGAGGCGUUCCGGCAGCUCUCCCACCGCUUCCACGGGAAGGGCUCGGGGAAGAUGAAGACGGAGCGGAGGAUGAAGAAACUGGACGAGGAGGCGCUGCUGAAGAAGAUGAGCUCCAGUGACACCCCCCUGGGCACGGUGGCGCUGCUGCAGGAGAAGCAGCGCGCCCAGAAAACGCCGUACAUCGUCCUGAGCGGCUCCGGCAAGAGCAUGAACGCGAACACCAUCACCAAAUGAGGGGCGUGGGGACACCCUGGGGACACCUGGGGACCCCUUUGGGACCCCCUGGGGACACCCCUGGACAUUGGGGACACCCUGGGGACCCCCUGGGGACACCCCUGGGGACACCCCUGGACAUUGGGGACCCCCUGGGGACGCCCCUGUCCCC